AAGUUGCCGUAUGUUGCUCACAGAGACACAAUGGGCAGGCGGUGAAACUUUGAUUGAGGUCAUUGUCACAUUGCGUCAGCGGUCGACUCACUGGAAUAUAGUUGCCAGCAGCAGAAGGUUUUUCACAUCCUAGAAACCAACCUGAAAGAAGUACAUGAGAAGUUCCUUUUACCUGCCCAACAAAGAAACAGCCAUCCUACUUUCUAUAUUGAGACCAGAUGGAGCUCAUGUCGCUAUCUCCAAAUGGGAGCAUAGAGGAAAUGGAGGACGGUCACAUAGACUACCUAGAGGGGGAGCUGACACCCAAGGGCCUGCGGCGCAAGAGAGAGUUUAUCCCAAAUGAGAAGAAGGACGCCACCUACUGGGAGAAGCGUCGCAAGAACAAUGAGGCGGCCAAGCGGUCGCGGGAGAAGAGGAGGGUGAACGAUUAUGUGCUGGAGAGCCGUCUGGUGGCAAUGAGUGAAGAGAACGCCCGGUUGAACACAGAACUGCUGGCCCUCAAACUCCACUUUGGCCUGGUGAGCCCUGUGGCCUACGCUGCCCACCAGAACAGCCUGCUACGGCUCCGCCAUGCCAACACCUACAGCCCUCAGUCCCCACCACCCAGCAGCUCAACCCAGCCCCUGGACAGGGAUGUCUACUGGGGCAGGAGGCCCAGCUACAGAGACCCCUCCACUCUGCCGACUUACCACCACCGACCCUCUGUCCUGACUGGGCAACCUGCCCCUGCCCUGAUUCAUCCACAUGCUCUACCAACCAGAAGGGGCUAUCCAUACUUCUUAGACAUGCCCGGUGUCCUCCACCCUGCAAACUCAUCCUCCCUUCUCCUGCCCCCGCUUCUCCCCCCUGCCCUAUCGUCCUGGCCGGGGGUUCCCCUGCUGAGGCCCACCCCUAAGAGAGGGGGUUCAGACGAGGAGGGGGAACAGCAGGUCCCAGCAGCCUCCUCCAGCGCUGCAUUACCGCACAAGCUGAGGCUGAAGACCCCCAGAGCUCCUACUGUCCUUAGGGAUGUCAGAGAUAGGGCCUCCCCCCCGCUCCCGCUUUAUGUAUCUGACUGACUGACCACACCGCACAGGAGCACAGAGCAGACCAACCACAGCGCUGUAACAUUGACAACAAAGUUACAGCAAAGACAUUAUGUCCAACUUAAAACAGACAUUUGUUAGAUUUUAAAAAUGUUUUGGCUUCUCAGGUUUUGCCAUGCUUCUUUAGGGUCCAAGUUAACUGGAUAAAAUAUAUUAUAGCAUACUUUACUGUAAAUCAUGCUUAAUUAGCUGGACUUGGGGAUUAAAUGUUUUAUAGCGCUGAGACACUCCCAUUCACUUACAGUGUGUAAAGCUCAAUAUGGGCAGCAAAUAUUAUAAUUGUUUUUAACUUUUUGGA